AUGUCAAAUGGUGGCAUUGGAAACGGCAUCAUGGACUCCGGUACCAUUGACCCGUCGCAUGUCUUCUCCGGCCCCCCACAGUCUGUCGCACAGCAACAGCAACAAUCGCGCGGCCUGAAGCGCAGUCGCUCCCCCGAUACCAGCUACGAGCUGCAGGGCGACGACACUCCAAACAACAAGCGCAGUCGUGGCCGCCCUUCAAAGGGCGCCGCCGCGCGACCCCCGUAUGGCGGCUCUCCCAACCGCGGCUCCCAACCUCCGCAGACUCCAUCGCAGCACUCAGGCGCUGCGCCGCCCGUGCAAACCCCCCAGCUGCAGGCUACAUCGCUGCCUAAAGCUUCCCCUCCCCAAGCGUCGCCACCUGCCAAAGCGACGCCCGCCAAGCCCACAGUCAUCAAGGCGCUGCCCACUGUGCGCGACCAUACGACUGAUCAGCUCAAUGCAGAAGGCGACGAAUACAUCCCGCGCGAAAUCGACGAGGCGGGAGAGCGAAAGGUGACGCAAACCGGCCACCCGCUUGAUGGGCGCGAAUACCGAUGCCGUACCUUCUUUGUGCCCAACCGAGCUGACAAGCUCUUCAUGCUUGCCACUGAGUGCGCACGCGUUUUGGGAUACCGAGACUCGUAUCUACUCUUUAACAAGAACCGAUCGCUGUACAAGAUCAUUGCCACCCAGGCCGAAAAGGAUGACCUUAUUCACCAGGAAAUUCUUCCUUACUCUUACCGUUCCAGGCAGAUUGCCAUCGUGACCGCCCGCUCCAUGUUCAGGCAAUUUGGCAGCAGACUGAUUGUCAACGGACGGCGCGUACGCGACGACUACUGGGAGAGCAAGGCUAGGAAACAAGGCUUCACCGAGGAAGAUGCUGCAGGAGAAAAGAGACCUGGCGCAGCAAAGGCAAGAGAAGCAGCCGCCGCCGAAGCCAACCACGCUAACGCCAUGGCCUUUGCCCAUCCUGGAGCCUAUACGGGUAACAAUCAAGAUUAUCUAGGCUCUGCAAUCAAUCCUCUGCAGCCAUUUGGUGGUCUCAACCCCGCUCCAGGAAGCAUGCCGACCACAGCCCCGGAUGCAUACAGUCACCGAGCCACCGCCGACCUACAGCCUCGGGACUACAGUGGUGUUCAACGCCCACGGCACGAACUGCAGGGUACCCCCUACCAAGACAUGACGAGGCCAAGCCCAUCUGGCGAGAUCCUCAAUGCAGCUGCGCAGACGGCCGAGGUUAACAAGCAGCUCGAACAGCAACGUAAGAACCGAAAAGAGUACCUGAACGACGUCUGGACACGUCCACAUGAGCCGCCGGUGCAGCCGAACCGCCCAGGAACCGCCGAGGGAGAGCAUGCUCCACAAGUCUCACAGGCUGUUCAGUCUCCGCGCAUAUCCUCGACAUCUGUGACCAUGCCAGGAAGUCAAUACGGCAUGCCAGCACAGACGCCACAAAGACCAGGGCAGUCCAUGGGUGCGCAACCUUACCGCCCGCAAACCAUGCCCCAGAACAACAUGGUCCCAUCACCCAUGGCUCAACAGCACACUCCGCUCCGACCGGACCAGAUGCACCGUCGACCACCGAGCAUCGGCAUGCCGCAAGGAAUGAACGCCUCAAGCAUGGGGCCUGGAGGUAUGCUCCCCAGCGUCCAACAGACCACGGGGCAUGGUUAUCCACCAUCGCACAUGUGGCAAGGACCUUCACAGCCAUCUCCCCUCUCUCAGCAGCACAACAUGCAACAAUAUGCUCAACGCCCUCCUCAGCAGUCGCCACUUCCUCAGCAAUCUCAGAUGCACGCCUCGCCGCAGCUCCACCACGCUCAAAGUAGCGCCUCGAUGCAUGGCACUCCCGUUCAGCAAUACCAGACCAUGGGAGCCAUGGGCGGCUCCAUGCCUGGUGGAGACAGCGGGUACCAGGCAAUGGGUCAAAAUCCGUACCAGCCUAGCCCGAGCCCUCACCAAUUCAUGCAACAGCAGAGCGCUGCUACUCAGCAGCCUGGCAUGCCUGGCUGGGCACCACCUCAGGCCUCUCAACAAGGAGGAUGGUCAUCUUACUAG